GAAUCUGGAAAAGAUUUCUGUACAAAAAGCGACUUAGUUACCCCACAAAACCGUAUAUCGUAUUAACACGUCUUACAAAAGUUCCAGAGAAUCAUUCCUAAAUCAAGUCCUUGAUUUCCAUCCAUGCUCCAAGUAAGAUAGAGGCAACGAAACAGGUUGUACUUCCUACUUUGAUGUCAAAAAAUGUUCUAUUGGAAAUGUUGUUAGUCAGCAAACCCCCCAUACUUCCACAAAAUAUUCAUAAAAAAUUCUUGCCUUUUCCUUAACGAGCAGUGGAAGCGAGGAGCUCGAGUUCAUACGCAUAGAGGCGCUCAAUCUUAAAAUGACCCUUCUAGUCCAUCAGGGUCCUGACAAGCUAUACCCAAUUGAGGUGGCUAGUCUUCCUGCCACCGCGGCGAUUGGGGUGGUUGGAAAUAUUCUUGUGAAGGAGGGUGCUUCACAAGAUGCCGUACAAGCCGCGGAUAAAUGGCUACUGUAGUAUGCAUGAUAGAAUAUCGGCUUGGUUUUGGUGAAAUGGUCCUCAUAUGCCCUCAAAUGGAUGUGCUCAACUAGAUACUCUUAGAGACCUCGGCUGAUGACUUACCUUUCUAUUCCAUUCGGCGGCAAGCGUUUUUGCAGCACCCUCCCCAGAGAGAAUAGCUCACAUACGAAAUGGGCUCAGGUCCUUCUUUUUAAAAUAAUAUGAGUGAAUUAUCAGGGAUAAGUAUGAAGUUGUGUGAAAGGUGGUGAUGGUCGCCCGAGGUACAACAUUUUCGUCCCGUUUCAGCCCUAUUACAGAUUAUUUUAAGUUAUAUCAGGUAACAGUGCUCAGAGGAGGAAUAGUGGUAAAAGCGACUAUUACCCUUUGCGAUGCAUAAUGCUUAGUCUAAUAAUCGACCCUAUUCCAUUCAUUACGAGUGUAUGUGUGUGUGAGGGGGUGGAUAAUAAAAUAUUUUAUACUAUGCAAAUAUUCUUCUUUUUUUCUAGUCCUUAUAUAAACAUCCCUUAAAUCGAUGUUGCUUUCAGAGGUAUUUUAUUGAGGAGAAUUCGAUGUUUCGGGACGUUCAUGUUGUGAUGUCGCUUUCACGCCUAAAACUAUUCCCUUCUCCCCUGUAUGCGGUACCUUUAAAGUGCGGCUUAGGCACCGUAGUCUCAUUUCAAUUCUUUCCUCAGGGGUGCGGGAUUUCUCGGGUUGCUUCCUUUCCCAGCCGAAGCGAACGCGAUGCAAGGGCUCGAUGAAGGGGGUCGUCCGGCCGCCCCUGUGCAUCAGAGCCUCGAGGUCGAAUGCGCAGCCCUGAUCCUGCACUUUGACGGCCCCGGCAGCGUCGUCCUGAUGGGGGGGCGUGGCUCCAUUUUCGGUGCCGGUCUCGCCCGCAACGUCCGUUACAAUUUUGCGCAGUGCAGUGUGCCGGUUGAGGUCCCUGGGCGCGCCAGGCUCGACCUCACAGGGGCCGUCACCUCCCACCUUUGUGUCCUGGACGCCGCAGUGGGGGAUCUGCACGCGGUCCUCGACGCGGCCCGCGCGGACGCCCGCCGGCAGCUCCACCUCCAGGCCCCGGCGGCGGACGAGGAGGCCUACGCAGGGCCAAGGGUGUUGGUGGUGGGGGGGCCGAAUGUCGGCAAACGCAGCCUCUGCCGCGCCCUGAUGAACCUCGCCGUGCGCGAGAAGGGGCGCGGUGUGGCUUUCGUCGACGUGGAUGUGGGGCUGCCGAGCAUCUCGGCCCCCGGCAGCGUCGCCGCGGCGUUUGUGGAGGAGCCCAUCCCCGUUGACGACGGCUUCAACGCCGUGAUGCCGCUGAGCUUUUUCUUCGGCUGCGAGGUCGUGGCGAGCGCGACGCGGAAGCGCUAUUUGGACCUUUGUGCGUGCAUUGCGCAGGCGGUUACUGCGGUUGGCUUUGCGCGGCCGCAUUUUCAGUGUGGCGGCAUGAUCAUUAACACCAUGAGCUGGACAACGGGACUCGGGCUAGACGUGCUGAUCGAACUCGCCGCCAUUUUUUCCGCGACGCAUAUUAUCGUUGCGGGUUCAGACCUGGCACUGGAGACGACAAUGGAGAAUUCUGUGCUGGGUCGAAGCGUGAAUGUAAUGCGGUAUCCUAAACAGUCGCUUAUCAUGAAGCGUAGUGCCUCACUCCUCACAGAGAUGCGAACCCAACAACUGGUUUCGUACUUCCUCGGAACUCCGCGAACACUGCUUUCGUCUGCUCGACUCGUGGCGAAGACCUCUGAGGUCUACUUUUUGAACGCCCUAACUCUCGACCUGAUGUCUUGGCAUGAUAUCAAGUCCUGCUGUAUAGCGUCUGUGGUGCACGCGGACAGCAUAGAAACUGCUGCGGAAGCGAACGUGGCGGGGUUUAUCGUCCUUUUAGAGAUUGGAAAACGCUUCUUUUCUUUCCUCUCUCCAGCCUCCAGCGGCAUUCCAAAACCCUAUUUACUGGUCUCGAGCGCCAUUUCUUUUCCCCUGUCUAAGGUCCCGCCCUUGGGACAGACUUAA